UUGACCUGCUCCACAUGAUGGAAGAUGAUGGACGUGGUAGCUGCCCACCAAAUUAAUGUUGUGUCAUACACCACCGUCAUCAAUGGCUUCUUUAGAGGCGGCCAAGUGGACAGAGCUUACAACCUAUUUUGUGAAAUGGAUGAUCGCGGGAUUUUGCCGACAGUUGUGACCUACAACACGGUCAUUGAUGGCCUGUGCAAAGCACAGGCAGUUGAUAAGGCUGAGGGUGUCCUUCAACAGAUGAUUCAUAAAGGUGCCAAGCCAGAUAUUCAAACAUAUAAUUGUCUGAUCCAUGGAUAUUGCUCUUCAGGACAAGAGAAAGAGGUGGUUCGGGUGCUCAAAGAAAUGUCCGCACAUGGUCAUCAGUCAGAUGUUGUCACUUGUAAUUUGUUGCUUGACUAUCUUUGCAAGAGUGGAAGAUGCAUAGAGGCUAGAAAGUUUUUUGAUUCUAUGAUUGACAAGGAAACAAAACCUAAUGUAAGUACAUAUAAUACUCUGCUCAAUGGGUAUGCUACCAAAGGAUCUCUUUCUGAUAUGCAUGGUCUCUUGGAUUUGAUAGCAGCAAAUGAUAUUUCACCUAACCAUUGUACCUUCAACAUAGUUUUCUGGGCAUAUGCCAAUGGUGGUAUGAUAGAUGAGGCAAUGCAUAUAUUUGUCCAAAUGAGGCAACGAGGGUCGAGUCCUGAUGCAGUCAGCUAUGGAACAUUAAUAGAUGCACUUUGCAAGUUGGGAAGAGUGGAUGAGGCGAUGCUUAAAUUCAAUCAGAUGAUCUAUGAAGGGGUGACUCCUGGUAUUGUUGUUUUUACCUCACUAGUUUAUGGGUUGUGCACUGUUGAUAAAUGGGAGAAGGCCGAGGAAUUAUUUUCUGAACUGUUGAAUCAAGGGAUCCAUCCCAACGCCACAUUUUUCACCACAUUAAUGCGUAACCUUUGCAACGGAGGACAUGUCACAGAAGCUCAGAGUCUCUUUGACUUGAUGGUACAUGUAGGUGUGAGGCCUAACGUUAUCUCAUAUACUACGUUACUAGAUGGCUAUUGCUUAGCUGGUAGGAUGAAGGAAGCAAUGAAGUUACUUGAUGAUAUGGUCCGAGUUGGCUUGAAACCAAAUGCCUUUUUUUUAUAAUACUUUGCUUCAUGGCUAUUGUAGAGCUGGCAGGAUAGAUGAUGCAGUUAGACUAUUCAGAGAAAUGUUAAGCAGUGAAGUUAGGCCUGGAAUUGUCACUUAUAACAUGGUACUUCACGGUUUAUUUCAGUCUGGAAUGUUUUCUGAAGCAAAAGAAUUCUAUCUCAAUAUGGUCAAAAGUGGAAUGCAACUCAACCUUCGCACGUACAACAUAAUUCUGAAUGGUCUUGGCAAAAAUAGAUGUGUUGAUGAGGCACUUAAAAUAUUUCAGAGUCUAUGUUCUAAGGGUUUUCAACUUCACGUUAUUACCUUCAACAUUAUGAUUGAUGCUUUGCUCAAAAGUGGCAGAAAGGAAGAUGCUAUGGAUAUGUUCACUGCUGUCUCUGCCCAUGGUUUAGUCCCAGAUGUUGUGACCUAUGACUUAAUGAUACAAAAUCUCAUUAAAGAAGGGUCGCUCCAAGAGUCUGACAAUCUGUUUCUAGCAAUGGAAAAGAGUGGAUGC